AAGUUAAAAAUAGAUAUUUUAUUUAUAGACCUUUAUAAACACAUUUCAUUUUGAUUUUCUUCUAUAUUAACGAGGAUAGCGUGUGUAGCAGUUCUGUAACGAUUGAUUCGAUGCCAGGAGACGUGAUUCACCUCAAUGUAGGAGGAACAAGGUUUUCAACAUCAAGACAUACCCUGACAUGGAUUCCAGAUUCGUUCUUUACAAGUAUGCUGAGUGGCAGGAUAUCAUCCCAGAUGGAUGAAACUGGUGCAAUUUUUAUUGACAGAGAUCCGGUGAUAUUUUCUGUGAUACUGAACUUUAUGAGAACCAAGGAAGUAGAUUUUGGAAGUGUUGACAUAUCAGCCCUCCGCCAUGAAGCAGAAUAUUUUGGCAUUACCCCUUUAGUGAGACGUUUGACUCUGUGUGAAGAUCUUGAACAUGCUUCCUGUGGUGAUGUCUUAUUCCAUGGCUAUCUUAACCCACCAGAACCACCCCUACCUCCUCCUAAAGUAGAGAAAAAGAGGCAUUCUGUGUCUGUGGUUGGGUCUUCAGGUACAGCUCCUUCUCAUGCCAGGAGCCCUAGUACCACUUCCAGACAUGAGUCCCAGAGCCCAAGAUCCCCUCGCCCAGUGUCUGAGACGUGUAGUUCCCCCCAGGUCAACGAACUUAGACCUGUCCGUCCCGCAUCAGAAGUUCUACCCAGCCAUUCUGCUGAUGUGGACAAAAUACAAACCCAUCACAGUCAUGAGGAACCUUUGAAAGUCACCAUGGUGAGAGGUCAUCACAACUGGCUCUGUGUGGCUUAUCCCCAUUUUGUGUGCUGCUUCAGAAUGAAGGACUCUGCAGGUUGGCAGUUGAGAUGGACCAGUCCCUACAUGGAGAAUGUUGUAGACAGAGUGGCCAUCAAUGCUAAGGUUUUAAAUCCAGACAAUCCAAACAAGAUGGUGGCGGCUGCCAUGGGCAACAUGAUACAACUGUGGUCUGUGACAGAGGAAGGAAUCAGCAGAGAGAUUGGGAAGUUCAGUCUGAAUGUGUCAGUUGACUCCUUGUUCUUCAUUGGAAGUCAGCUGGUGGCCCUGAGUCAGACAGGGAAGGUCGGAGUGUGGCAUGCCAUGACUCAGCACUGGCAGAUCCAAGAUGUAGUUCCAGUGUCAAGUUAUGACACAGCAGGAUCUUUCUUGUUAUUGGGCUGUGAGAAUGGCUCCAUUUAUUACAUAGACAUGCAGAAAUUCCCCUUGAGGAUGAAGGACAAUGACCUGUUGGUGACAGAGCUGUACAAGGAUCCGUCAGAAGACAUGGUUACAGCCCUCAGUGUGUAUCUCACCCCCAAAACAAGUAUAAGUGGUAACUGGAUAGAGAUAGCAUAUGGCACAAGCUCAGGGAUAGUUAGGGUCAUUGUCCAACACCCAGAAACUGUGGGGAGUGGACCUCAGCUGUUCCAGACCUUCACAGUACACAGAAGUCCUGUUACUAAAGUGAUGCUGUCAGAGAGACACCUGGUGUCAGUGUGUAGUGAAUAUAAUCAUGUGAGGACAUGGAGUGUGACCCGCUUCAGAGGAAUGAUUUCCACCCAGCCUGGAUCCACUCCUCUGGCUUCUUUUAAGAUCGUGUCUCUUGAAGAUGUAGACCCAAUUAUCAGUUACUCUGCCAGCAAUGAUAUUGGUCCCUAUGGUGAGCAGGAUGAUCAGCAGGUUUUCAUUCAGAAAGUUGUACCAGAAACCAAUCAGCUGUUUAUCAGACUUUCAUCAAAUGGUCAGAGGGUUUGCGUCAUUAAGUCGGUGGAUAGUUGCAAUAUCAGUGCUUUCUGUGUUCAUGAGUGUGAGGGGUCGAAUCGUAUGGGAUCUCGUCCUCGACGAUACCUCUUUACUGGUCAUUCCAACGGAGCCAUUCAGAUGUGGGAUUUAACUACAGCUUUGGAUAAAAUGGUCAAGACUGAACAAGGAACAGUGAAGGAUGGUGGACCCACUGCCAAAGAACUGGUGAAACUCCUUGAACAAUGUGACCUUUCUUCCUCAAGGUCACCCACCCCUUGUGUCAGCAGAACCCCCUCUGUGAUUCACAUGGCCCCACCUCAGCACGGGGCAACUUCUGGUCCAUGGAUAAUGCAGACAGAAACAGAGAGUCUUGGAGAAGGGGCCACAGGAGGGGACUACAUGGAAACAGUAGAAACAGACACACAGGUCACAAGAAUUUGAUCAGAGACUAAAAAGGAGCAGCAUUUAAAUGACUU